GAAACAGCAUCACUUUCGGAAGACUAAUGGUAAUAUCGGGACGAAUUUCAAACGUUAAUCUCUUCACUCAAGUCGACACAGGAGACUCCUGCAGCUUGUAAUGAUGAAUGUACGUCUACUUUGGGGAGGAACUUUGAAAAUCGUCAAACCAUUAGCUUUUGAACGAGUGCAAUCAUUCUGUCACAGCUUUUGGAGGAAUGAUGGAAAAUAUCAAAAAUCUGCUACCGUUUUUGACGGUGUCUCUAAAUCUAAUUUGGGAAAAGACAUCACAAAUGAUCAAGCAAUCAUUACUCCAGUCAACAAAGACAUCAACAAAAUAAGUCUAACUGAAAAGAGGAUUGACAUAUUGUCAUUUGAUGGUGGAGGAAGUCGAGGUAUAAUGCAACUGAAGAUACUGGACGACGUUUUACGAUUAGCAUCGAUUGUUUUGAGAAAUCCUGAAACGGUGGAGUACCUUGUAAACGAAGAAAGUACUGAACGGAAAAAGCAUUUCUUGGAAGAUCUUGCCGUUCGAGAAUGUCUGAUCAAUAACCUAAAAGUAGUUAAGGAUCCCAUUCAUCCCACCGAUGUUUACGAUAUGAUAGUUGGUACCGGUAUAGGGGGUCUUAUCUCGUUUGGUUUGGUUGGUGGAAAUAAAGUUGAAGGCAACAAUCAUGAAAGGAAACGGAUGACUGUGGAAGAAUGCAUUGAGACGUAUCGCAGCAAAACUAAAAUCAUUUUCAAAAAAACCUGCAUGCAAAAGAUAAUAGAUUUUCUUUUUAGACUUUCUUUUAUCCAAAAAUUGCAGCCCAUUUCUUUUGUUCCUCUUACAACAUAUUCACAAGCCAACAUAGAGAAAAUCUUAAAGGAUCAGUUUGGUGACUGUGACUUAAAUGAUUUUAGAAAAAAUGAUAAUUCCAGUAGUGUUGUCGGAGUUGUUGCCAAAAGAAUUUGUCCAGACGAACAUCUUGUACUCUUUGACACAGCAAAUGAAGAUCAACAAAAAUACAAAGUUUACGAAGUGUUGCUUGCAACCUCCAAUUCCCCAUUUUACUUUAGUGACACUGUAGUCACAAUUGGCAAUGCUAAAUAUAUUGAAGGUGGCUUAGGUGGAAAUUGUCCGUUAAAACAAGCAAUUUCACGAGCACAGGAACUUUUUAACAACGCAAAAAUUGUUUCAGUUUUAUCAGUUGCACCUCCAUCAUUUCCCAAAUUAAAAGCUCCUUCUACUGGUGGUUUUAUAACUUGGAUGUCUUAUCUUUCGACAGUAUCUAUUGAUGGCAAUAUAGUGUUUGAAGAAGUAGUCAAAAGCCAUACAUUGGAUGAAACUUUGUUUCAAAGGUUGUCCCCACGUGGUAAUUCCUUAAAAACAUUCAAGUUGGAUGAGAUCGAUAUAAAAAGGAUAUUAGAUGCCAUGGAAGAAGAAAAAGUUCAGGAUGACAUGUUUCUUGUCGACGUUGUUGCCAGUGCAAUGGCUGUUGUCUUGGCGUCUAUUGAUAAAGUAGAAAAAAUUCAUAAAGAUUCGUUGAGUGUUGCAGUAAAGCUUGCUAAAGCAGCAGGACUUGCGUACGAAAGCAAGAAAGAAUAUAAGUCAGCAAUUGUCUCUCACCGAACUCGCCAACGUCUUCAUACGUCUAACAAACGUACUCAAACGUCUUCAAAAGUCAGCAAUGGUCUUACCACUAUUAUGACAUCUUAUGACAUUGCAAAAUGCUACAAAGAACAAGGAGAUUAUUCUAAAGCUUUUGAAUUAUUCAAAUCAAAUGUUGAUACACUUGCUAACCAGAAGUUUGAUGAUCAAAAGUAUGAUGAUCUAAUUGUUGAUAACUUGAUCGAAAAACUGCACUGUUACCUCCAAACCUUUCAAUAUCAAAAUGCAGAAAAAUGUUUGAAUAAAAUCAGCCAUUAUGAGAUCAGAGAUGAAAAACGUGUCCAAGUAUUGAUCUAUAAAGCAUGGUACAGUCGUCAACAAGGAAAACUUGAGGAAACUUUCAAUCUUUACAGGGAUGCAGCCAAAAUUACAUUAGACAAUGAUAACUUUGACAAGGCAGAAAUACUCAAUAACAUGGGGUUACUUUUUAUAGAUCUUGGUAUGAAAGAUGAGGCCUUUGAUUUCAUUCAAAAAGCCCAACAUGUUAGAGUAAAGUUGAUUGGACAGAAAGACGAUGGUCUGUUGGCAGAGUCUCAUGAAAAUGUUGGUUUAUGCCUAGUAGAGAAAGGCGAUGGUAAAAAUGCAAAAAAAGAGCUGCAGAAAGCUAUUGAAAUUUACUAUAAAAUUGGUGAUGAAAUUAAAAUUUCUAACGUACUCCAAACUUUAGCCAGAUGCAUGUUGUUACAAGAUCAUUCGAACUACAAUCGUGCCAUAAGUUAUGCACAAGAAGCUCUGCAAAAAAUGAAACCACAAGUGCCCACGGUUGAUAAUCCGGGUACUGCUAAAAUCCUGUCAAUUUUCGGUAGGUGUUUUCUUGAAACUGGAAGAUUUGAGGAAGCAGAGGAAAAUCUUGUAAAAGCUUCGCGUUUGAUUGAAGAUUCGCUUUCCAAAAAUCAUCCACAGCUCAUGGAAAUCUAUGAUCUUCUUUCCCAACUUUAUGAUAUGGAUGGCAAACCCAAGCUGAUCGAAGCGUACAAAAAUAAAAAAAAAGGCAUUAGCGAUGAAAUAGAAAAAAAAGCUUCGAUUGUACAGCUGUCAGAUCAAUAUCUGACAUGGAAAAAACAAUAAAUAACUCGUCUUUCGUAAUUAAUGUUUUUAGAGCUGCUUUUAAUGGAGCCUUUACAGGUAGUAAAUUGCAUUAAUUAUGCGGUUGCAAAAUAUACUUUUAUUGACAUAAUUAUGUGUAUCUAAGUGUAAAAUAAAACAUUCACAGGUUUUUAAUACAAACGUAUGUUAAAAAGAAAUAUUACCAGUUAACAUUUUUGAGGAAAGUUUAACGAUGAAUACAUAAAUGUUGCUUGCAUUUGGAGGAAUCAGGAUCGAUAAACAAUAAUGCUUGCACUUUUUUAAACUUCAACAUCUCCAUCAAGUUAUAACUUCUCAUAUUUGGAUUAUAGGGCAAAAGCGCCUCAAAACUUUUAAAACUGGCUUUUGUAAGAUAUAUAAUUAAGUCUCUUACAUCAUUGACAAAGUUGCUAGGAAAAGCAUGGCUUAAAUUUUCAGUACCUAUGAAUGGAAAACACAACAACACUUAUUGUUCUUCAUGGAAACGUUAAUUUGCAACUGUUACGUUUCUCAUAAGAAGAGAUAGCGAACAGAAAACUAGUCAGUAAUUAAAAUAAAAUAAAGAAUAUAUUUAAAUUGAUA